ACAAGUGCGCUUCCAAUGCUUUUCCUUCACAGUAAUGCAGAGGAAACGGUCAGUAAUAGUUUCGUUUCUGCAGCACAGAAAGCGUUCGCUCCGCUGAAGUCACGCGAGCACGCACACAGCUCCGCUCUCUAUUACUGCACAAGUGAAAUAAAUCUGCUCGUGAUGGACGGGUGCGCACAGAUGUGUAAAUGUUUCCUGAUCCUGUUUAACAUUCUGUUCGCUCUGCUGGGGUUCGGUCUGGUGGCUCUGGGAAUGUGGCUCCGCUUCGGCGCAGAGACCCGAGGAUUCUUCGACAUCGAUCUGAACACCACACAGUUCAACAUCGGAGUGAUGGUGCUGGUGGUCACCGGGGUCCUGAUGCUGCUGGUGGCCAUCAUCGGUGAUUGUGGCGCGUGUAACCACAGCAAACCAGCUCUUAGUGUGUUUUCUGGCCUGCUCUCCGUUCUGAUCAUCAUUGAAAUCGCAGCUGGUGUUAUGGCCUUCAUGUGGAGCGGACGGGUGGCAGAUGAGUUGGUGAAGUUCUACACCACCAUCUACGCUCAGUAUCUCAACACCAGGAGCCCUGGUCAAGCAGUUACCCUCAGAUUAUUCCACAACGCUUUCGACUGCUGCGGUGUCGGUGGACCGAUUGAGGUGUUUGUGAGAGACACCUGUCCAGACGGCAACUUCCUGAAGCAGAUCUCAUAUUCUAGCUGUCCCGGCGUGAUCAAGGACGUCUUCAACUCGCACGCUCCGCUGGUGUUGGGAGGGUUUCUGGGGACAGCAGGAAUCAUGACGCUGGCGCUGGUGUGCAGCUUUGUCCUCAGAAGACACAUCUCACCAUCUCACGCAUCUCCUCCUUCAUACGUGCUCCUCACCUCCUCACCAUCAGUCAUCUUUCCUCCUCCAGCUGCGCAGCAGAUAUAACCGUCUGUGUCUCUCUCUGUCUCUCUCUCUCUCUCUGUCUGGCAGCUGGUGGCUCUGGUGUGCAGCUCUGUUCUCUGUAAGAGUCUGAAGACGUCUCACUACUCGUCUCCUCUCAUCUACUAAGUCUCAGCCUCCACUCAUCUUUCUGAUGGAUGGAUGAAUGCUUUCAUUGGGCAAAGGUCAAGGGAAUCACGUGUGUGUGUGAGUGAGUGAGUGAGUGUGUGUGUGUGUGUGUGUGAGAGAGUGUGUCUCUGAGUUUGUGAGUUGUGCAUCAUCUAGAACUGAACUGAAUGGCUUUAAUUUCCAACUCCGUUCUUCAAUCUAAACUGAGGCUCCAAACAGGAUACAGAAUUCUAACUGAAGUCAAAUGAAAGUGGAAUGAAUUUCACAGAAUUCGAAACUGAUCUACUGUAGUUUGUAAUGCUUCAUUUAAGUCAGCAUGAAUCACUCAUAAAUGGGCCGUUUAGACCUUUGAUUUGACCACAUUAAUGUUACGGAUCGUGGUGAAUCAACAUAAAGUAAUUUCUUCAGUUCUAAAUUCUGUGGAACUUUGUUACGCUGUAACUCACUAUCUGUUACGAUCUCAUCCUGAAUAUUUCAUUGUCUUGCUGUAUGAUUAAAAACUAAAUGUUUCACAUUUGUUUUUUAUUGUAAUACAUUAAAGACACUUCCACAA